AUGUGGAUUUCUGCUAGUUCUGAACUACUACUAUGCCGAACUCAAAAAUUCAAACUGUUCUCGGAUAAUCAAGGUCAGAGUUCAUCUGGCAAAUUAGAGCGCCUGAGAGAAAACGUUUUAGGUCGCGAAGUUGAAUACUUGUAUAAACUAGUCAUAUGGCUCGAAUUAGUGUUAAUGGGAUCAAAGCACAUCUUCCAUUGGAAGUGUUACCAAGAUUACUUCAGGACAUUUCCUGCAAUGGUUAAGUUAUGCGAACUAUUAUGUGUCUUCAUAGCUUUCAUUAUCAGUUUGUUGGAUAAGAAUUUCCUGUUAGUGGGCGGUUCAUGGCUGACUGUAACAACUGCGUUAUCAUUCCUUGUCACUUCAUUCUUUCUUGUCUUCCAUCUUUUCCUUCUGCAUCGUUUUAUUACAGCUCCUUGGUGUCUAAUAGAACUUGCUGCUUAUGUUAUCGUAUGCAUACUUGUGUUUUCAAAUGGAGUACUGUCUGCAGCAUAUUCUCACUUAAGUGGUAUUAUAAUAGCAGAAACGAUUUUUAUCUUCAUGGCCCUCGCUAUUUAUACACUGGGCGCUAUUACGAUUGAAUUACAGUCCUUGAUGCAAUUCUUUAGAUGUCCUUGUUCGCUAACUUACCACUUUCUUCAAAUAAACAAAUUUCCAGAUUUCAAAUUAGGAUGUGAAAUACAUGGAACCCGACUUCUAUGUCCUUGA